UUUUAUUAUCUUCAUGCUGAGGCGACAAUUCCUCUUGGUGAUAAUGUGUUCCUCGUAUUCUUUGAAUAUCUUAUUCCCUCCUUUUGUUUUUCUAUUUUUUUGCACCAUAGAAGCUGCCAUAAAGCUACCGGAGAAUGAGACAAUUCCGGCAGUUUUCGCGUUUGGAGAUUCAAUUCUUGACACCGGGAACAACAACAAUCUCGUCUCAGUAACCAAGUUCAAUUAUCCUCCAUAUGGAAGGGAUUUUGUUGGGGGAAAACCAACAGGAAGAGCUUCCGAUGGAAAACUCCCCUCAGACUUGAUAGCCGAGGCCUUGGGAAUCAAAGAGCUUUUGCCUGCAUACCUUGACGAAGAUACAAAAGAUGAAGAUCUCCUUACAGGUGUAUGUUUUGCUUCAAGUGGCUCAGGACUUGACCCUCUAACACCAACAAUAUUGCGAGUUUUGUCGCUCUCAGACCAAUUAGAACUGUUUAAAGAGUACAUAACAAAGCUGAGAGGGAUUGCUGGAGAAGAUAGAGCAAAUUCCAUCAUAUCCAAUAGCCUAUUCAUUGUGUCAGCGGGCAACAACGACAUAGCCCUCACCUAUUUUAUUACCAACCUCAGAAAAUUGCAGUAUGAUGUUCCUUCAUACAAUGCUUUUUUGGUUGCCUCCGCUUCUAGCUUUUUCAAGGAUUUAUAUGAACUCGGGGCUAGACGGAUAGCUGUUUUCAGUCCGAUUCCGCUGGGAUGUUUACCCCUUCUAAAGACUCUUCAGGGAGGGAUUCAAAGACAGUGUGUAGAGAAUAUCAACGAAGCGGUGGAAUUAUUCAGUGCCAAUCUAUCAACUGAGCUACAGUCCCUUAACAGCAACCUUCCGGAUGCCAAUCUCCUUCUCAUUGACGUCUACAACCCUCUACUUGAUUUCAUUCGAGAUCCUGCAAAAUUUGGUUUUGAAGUUGCCAAUCUAGGAUGUUGCGGUACGGGGACAGUAGAGUUUAUUGAAACAUGUAAUCAACUACUAGACCUAUUGACGUGUUCUGAUGCGUCCAAAUAUGUUUUUUUUGACGCUGUUCAUCCCACAGAAAUGGCAUACAAGAUUCUCAUCUCACAGAUCCUCCAGAAAUAUAUCAACAUUCUCUUCUGUGGACGUUCCCCUUGUUGAUCAUCAAGUUUCAACGACCUCUCUCAUAAAUACUCAGAAUAUCUAUCAUUUGGCUUAAUUAUGUGAACAUCUAAGUUUUAUGUAAAUAAAGUAACUACUCUUACGAUGAGGGUAAGUACGUACGUAGGAGUACUCUAGUAGCGGUCCUUUGCUUAUGACAAUUAUCUAUGUCAGUAGGGUCAUUUGUAUUAUUUAAAUAUAAUGAUUAUUGGUGAAAUAAGAGAGGUUGAUUAUUAUUUUUUAUAAUACAGUUUAUUAUAGUUUUUGAA